AUGUCCAGAGUUGAUUCAUCUGGCAAUGAUAAGCACGAAUAUGACUCUUCUUCCUCUGAUGAAUAUGAACUACCAUCUACUUCCUUCUCUUCUUCUCCUGUUUCUACGACUUUUGACUGUGAAAAUUUUACUUUCAACAACCUUGAUUCAUCUUCUAUAGACAAUGAGUCAACUGCCUCAUUCUCCUCACAUAAUUCUACUCAAAUAAACAAGAAGGAAGCAGACGAACCAUCAUCAAUUGCUUCAUCCUCUGAUACUGACUCUUCAAUUACUCCAACAGCUGAUUCACUAACUACUCAACAAUUAACAUCUACCAUCGAUGAUAUCCACUCUGACACAUCUUCUCCUAAUUCACAAUCCAGAUCUUUGUCAAGUGAUAUUUCACCGGUUUACAACUUAGAAGACUUAGAUCCCCAUGAACCAUUAAAAAAUAGUAAAAUUGAAUUAGCUGACAACAUUUCCGCCCCUAUCACCACACAUGUUAGCAAGUUGAAUGGCCAAACAUCCUCAACUGUUAAUCAUAACAAGUUAGGUCUUAUUCCUGCUUCUGAAUUCUACUUAAAUCACCAAAUUGGGAAACACCAUCCAAAGUGGGAUUCUAAUUCAAUUAGUCCUGGUACAAUUGGUAUCCCUGCUGUUGGGGCUGUUAAUAUUGACUCCGGCAGUUUUGUUCCUGUGAACUCCAUGGAUGGUCUCACCCAACUCAUUAGAACACCUGUACCCUGUUCUUCUCAAUCAUCUGGUUCUGAUGAUAAUCCUGCACACCACAUAGCCUUGACUGCGUUAGUUCAUGGCAUUUCCUUUACUUCUACCACUACUUCUGUCCCAAAUACAUUCAACCAGGUAAUAUAUUCUUCAGAUAUGGACAAAUGGUAUCAAGCCUGUCUGAAAGAACUUCAUGCCUUUAAAGAGCAUGAUACGUAUAGGUUGAUUCCUCUCUCUCCUGGUCGUCGUGUCUUGAGUUCUCGUUGA